AAAUUUCACUCGUUUAAUUUUACCGUAUUCUGUGGAGGUGAUCACAUCUCUUUUAAUCUAAAAAUGCGUAGUUUAGUCUCCUAUCAUUCCACAAGCGGUGUUGGUAGGGGUGGUAGAAGCGAACGGUGGUCAGGAGCACAUCUUGAACAGAAAUCAGGUUAGAAGGCGAGACGUUUUGAAGGUGUUGCCUACGAUAGACAGCGUCAUUACGUAUCAGGAUGAUACCCUGACAAAUCACAUCCCAGGCCUGCCUUGUCGAUACACUUCUUCUGAAGGCACUUUACCGUCUCGUUGUAUACCUACCCCGUUAACCGGCACCGGAAAUGGAGGAACUACGAAUAAUGCUGUUCAGCCAUCGUUACCUAAUGGUUCGAUUGGGUCACAGCCUAAAAGCUGUGACAGCUCGUGCAGCGAAAGUUGCAAGACCGAGACGUCGUACCCUCCUUCGAUGAUUUCCAGCCCUUUAUCGAGACCGGAAAGCAAGCUGUCCUCGCUGUGUACCGCGACGAAUGAGUGUUCACCUGACCUUACCGACACAGAAAACUUUUCCGCAUGCGGUCCUCGGCUGUCGUGCAGCUGUUGUAAAGGGUACCUCGAUAUGCCGCACAAUCCCUCAGCGAUGCCUUGUCACUUCGUCCAGGAAAAACCUGAACGCUAUGGCAACCAGCCUGACGGACAACAGAACAAACCGGGCUGCGGGUGUUGUGCAGAAGACGCUCGUAAUGCUAUGAACUAUCCCUGUUCCGAAAACGUGUCGUCGUGUCCUCCGAUGUGCUCGGCAGUGAACCGACCAAGGACAUGCCACUAUGGUGCUGAAAACACGUGUAUUACACACGCUGGUUCCAUCGGUCCGGUGCCAGCAGGCAAUUCAGUGAUGCCGAACGCGUACCCAGCGAUCUCAGAACAAGUGAUGCCCAUUUCGCUGUCUUCCGCAGUGACUCAGCGCACCUGGCCACCUCACAGUCGAACUUGCACCGCACCUGAACCGACUGAGAGGUUCGCUUCAUACGAGUAUAAACCUCCGCCUGCAAUUUCCAACGACUGUCAUGUACUGUCCAGUGGCUACAGCUGCACUGAACAGAAAAGGGCUGGCCUUCAAUGCAAUACUGCUGCUGCUGCUGCUGCAUCCCCGAACAGCGAACUGGAUCUCAGCUCGCUAACGCUCCAUUCGUCACCCAGCGUACGCAGUGAAUCCAUUGGCACCGGUCAGCUACCUCAGACAGAAGCGAUUGGCAAUGAACAUGAAGCGACGCCCACUUCAUCAUAUCAGGAAGGCAAUUUAGUCGUCAGCGACAUGGGAUCGAAUCUCGUCACGUUGAUGGGCGAAACUGAAAUGUUAUUUUGCAGAAUAUGCUAUAUCGGCUCUUGA